CUAGAGGCAUGUUUCUUUCUUCCCAUUGCAACAGCAGAUGUCGAGUAUACACUCGAGUCAUGGUCAAGUCCGAGAAGAUAUGUAUAACAAACCUUGAUUGUUACCAAUACAAUUCAUAACACGGCUUUUCAUACCCUCUUCCUUUUCACCUCCUCGCUUUAUAUGACCACCUGCAGAUUUAAUCCACAAUACACGCGUCGCGCUUACAACACUGGUGAUGUCACCCAGUGCCUUAUUGUCAUUGCACCACAGCGAUACGAUUGACCUUGCGCUUGCCUACAAAAACACACACACGCUACAGCGAAUGAUUCGUUGAACGCUCAAGGGAACCACCAUGGUGUACAGACGCUGUCUAUCGCUCGUCAUCGCCUGCGUAUUCCUGCUGCAAGUUGACAUCAUCGAUGUAGCACGAACGGAGAAUGUAUCUGUGGACGUGUACUACGAAUGCAUGUGCCCUUUCAGCGUCAACUUCGUCAUUAAGCAGUUGUGGCCGACGUACAAGAAACUCGGCGACCACAUGGAGGUACGGCUGUAUCCUUACGGGAACGCCAGGACGAGGACUCACAAGGACGGGAACGGUAGGGCGACCGAUAUUAUAUCGUGUCAACACGGACCACGCGAAUGCGAGGGCAACACGGUACAGUGUUGCGUCUUGGAUCUCUUCAGGGAUACAGCGACGCAAGUGGGUUUCGUGGCAUGCAUGAUGUCUGCGCGUCACCCUUACGAGGCAGGACCUCAGUGCGCUUCCGAGAUGUGCUUACCGUGGCACUUAAUCAGCCAGUGUGCAUCCAGCUCGUAUGGGAAAACUCUGCUGAAGGAAAUGGGCAGGAAGACUAGGCAAGCUGUUCCUCCCGUCAGGGCGGUGCCUCAUAUCGUUAUUAAUGGUCAACACAACGGCUACUAUACGGGCCGUGCCCGCUCGAACUUGACGUCGCUGAUUUGCGAUUUGCUGAAACAGAAGCCAAGCCCAUGCAGGGCCUAGUCGCACUAUCUAUUGAUGUAUUAGAGAAUGAGGAAUUGCUUUAAGGUGAACAAUUUUAUUUCUUGGUGUCUCAAUACGGGUUCUCGAUGUAAUGCUGUGUGUGUGUGAGUGUGUGUAACAUCUUCGUAGAAACUGUAUAG